AUGAAUUCCUUUUUAAUCAAGUCAUUAACCAUUAUUGGUUUCUUAAAUGCGUUAGUAAAUGCCGAUCAAGCACCCAAAAUUAAACUGAAUCCGAAAAAUGUUUUUGCAAUUGCAGAAUUUCCUGCUGGUUUUGAUGAUAAAGUAAUGGGUAAUAUUAUAUUUUCCGCUAAAAAUGGUAAGAUGGUUCAAGUUCAUGUUGAUAUGACUGGGCUACCAUCUUCGGGAGGUCCAUUUCAAUAUCAUAUUCAUGAUAAUCCAGUUCCAGAAAAUGGCGAUUGUAAUAAAGUUGGUCUUCAUUUUAAUCCUUAUAAUGCCCCAUCUGAUUGUAAUGAACAAAAAGAUGAUUCUUAUUGUCAAGUUGGUGAUUUAUCUGGUAAACAUGGAUGGAUUGAUACAACAUGUUUUGAAACCAAAUAUGAUGAUCCAUUUCUCUCAUUAAAUAAAAAAUCAAAAUCAUAUAUUGUUGGCAAAUCAAUUACUUUCCAUUAUGCAAAUUUAACAAAAUUUGCUUGUGCAAAUAUUGAAUUAGUUUCAAAGGAAAGAUUAAAACAAUUAAAAUUGGAAUUUGAAAAUCAAGAUUUAACCACCACUAAAGUUGGUAAUAAUUUAGAAGAUUAUUCAAAUUAUUUUAAUGAAAAUCUGUUUAUCAAUUAUAAUUUUAAUGAAGAUGAAUCAAUUAAUGAAGAAAUUUUUGAAUUGGCUCAAGAAAAUAAUGAAGAAGGUUAUGAUUAUAAUGAAAAAACCAAUUCUCCAAGACAACUUAUUAAUAUUGAAUUUAAUAAUAAAAAUAAAUCUAUUAAUUCAACUCAACUUAAUAAACCUAAGAAUUGGACUAAUUCUUCAAACGGUCAAUUACAAAACUAUGAUUCUUCCAGUUGUGAGAAUAACGCCGGAAUUUUAAAUUCUCAAAAUGAUUGGUUAACUGCUGGGUUAGGGGUUAUCAUUGGUUUAUUAAUUUAA